CAGGCAGGGACGCCACCGGAAGGGACGCUUGGGGUCGAGCCAUGGCCCGGGAGGCGGCGGAGCGGCCUCCGGAGGAGACCUUGUCGCUCUGGAAACGGGAGCAAGCCCGGCUGAAGGCCCUCGUGGUGGACCGGGACACGGAGGCGUGGCAGCGGGACCCCGCCUUCUCGGGGCUGCAGAGGGUCGGGGGCGUGGACGUGUCCUUUGUGAAGGGAGACAGUGUCGGCGCCUGUGCCUCGCUGGUGGUGCUCAGCUACCCUGAGCUCGAGGUGGUGUAUGAGGACUGCCAGAUGGUUAGCCUGACGGCUCCCUACGUGUCGGGCUUCCUGGCCUUCCGAGAGGUGCCCUUUCUGGUGGAUGCGGUGCGGCGGCUGCGGGAGCAGGAGCCCGGCCUCAUGCCCCAGGUCCUCCUUGUGGAUGGAAACGGGCUUCUCCACCACCAAGGCUUUGGCGUGGCCUGCCACCUCGGCGUCCUCACAGACCUGCCGUGCAUCGGGGUGGCCAAGAAGCUCCUGCAGGUCGACGGGCUGGAGAACAACGCCCAGCACAAGGAGAAGAUAGGACUUCUGCGAGCUGGAGGAGACUCAUUUCCUCUGGUGGGAGGCUCUGGGGCCGUGCUGGGCACGGCCCUGAAGAGCCACGACCGCAGCACCAAGCCGCUCUAUGUCUCUGUGGGCCACAAGAUCAGCCUGGAGGCGGCCGUGCGCCUGACCCGAGGCCUCUGCAGGUUCCGGAUCCCGGAGCCCGUGCGCCAGGCUGACAUCCGCUCUCGAGACUACAUCCGCAGGACCCUGGGAGCCCUCAGACCCCCCGCACCAGGGCAGGACAGGAACCGGAAGGUAUGGAAGCCAAAAGGAGGCUCGGAAGAGCCCAAGGAUGAGGGCAGGCCCCCCAAGGCCCACAGCCAAGGCCCCAGGACACGGGAACACCCCAGACCCAGACCCACGCGGCCAGCAGCAGUGAGUGGAGCCGAGCCGGACGCAGUGAAGCUCUGCAGUCACCCGACUUCCAGCUCCUGCCUGGACGGGAACGGGCCGUGGCGGCCGCAGCAGCAGGCUGAGCGCCCGGGCCCCGGGACACGCAGGCCCGCCCUGCUCGGGGAUCUGGGUGGCGCGGCUGCGGGAGCUCGGCAGGAGACGGGCCUCGGGCGGCAGGGCGCCAGCCGCGAAGGAGCGUGACGUUGCUUUCCCGGGAGCGCAGGAAAGACAUGCAGGGUUCGUGGGGCUUGGGGGGUUUUUGUUUUCUCUCUCAAGCGCCCCGUGGGCUGCACGUGCCUUUGUGGCCUCUCGUCUGGCUGGUGCUUCAAGUACAUACACUGUUGCCUUGUUUUUGCA